CUCGUCACCGUCGACUGCUACAACCCACGCACUGGCCACUGGCGCUACCUGGCCGAGUUCCCCGAGCACCUGGGCGGGGGCUACAGCGUCGCCGCGCUGGGCAACGACAUCUACGUCACCGGGGGAUCGGACGGGUCGAGGCUGUACGACUGCGUCUGGAGGUACAACUCCAGCGUCAACGAGUGGACGGAGGUGUCUCCCAUGCUGAAAGCCAGGGAGUACCACAGCUCCACGGUCCUGGACGGGCUGCUCUACGUCAUCGCCUCGGACAGCACGGAGCGCUACGACCACUCGGUGGACAGCUGGGAGGCUCUGCAGCCCAUGCUCUACCCCAUGGACAACUGCUCCACCACCUCGUGCCGCGGCAAGCUGUUCGCCAUCGGCUCCCUGGGUGGGCAAGAAGCCAUGGGUCACUGCACGGAGAACGAGAGGCGCUCCUGCGUCGACACCGUGCCAGCCGGCUUCGUGGGCAGGGGCGCAGCAGAGAGGCCCAGGCCCUUUCUGGGGUGGAAGGUUACCUUCCCCAGAGACGACUCGGCUGAAGUGGAUGUUUACAAUCCAGCGAAGAACGAAUGGGACAAAAUUCCUGCCAUGCUUCAGGUUCACGUCGGGGGCAGCGUGGCCGUGCUCGGCGGGAAGCUCUACGUCUCCGGUGGGUACGACAACACGUUUGAACUCUCGGAUGUCCUGGAAGCCUACGACCCCGAGACGCGAGCGUGGAGCGUGGUGGGCCGACUCCCCGAGCCCAUCUUCUGGCACGGCAGCGUCAGCAUAUUCCGGCAGUUCAUGCCAGAAACCACGCAGGAGGACGACGGCAUCACGCUGGACAACACCAUCAACUUGAACAGGCAGCACCAAAACCUUCACAACCAGAACCUUAACGAGCUUCGUUAG